AUGCAGGCUUUGAGGCUGCCCCCCAAGUUCUGCUGGAGCUUCCUGCGGCUGAGCAGCCCCCCAGGGUGAGUCUGGUAGGGAAGGGGCAGGAAAAGUUGCCUUUUGGUGGGUGUGGGGUGGUGGUUUUUUUUGGGGGGGGGAUCUGAGUGUGGGGCGCUUUGGAAGGGAUGGGGGCUGGUGGGAAAGGGGUUUGGGGGUGCAGAGCGUGAUGGGGAGAUGAUGAGUGUGUGGUUCCAGGACCCUCCCCAUAAGUGGUUCCUUAUGGGGGGGACGGGACGGUGGGGUUACCUGUUGGGGGGGCGAUAGGAGACAGCCUUGCUUUUUUCCUUUAAAAAAAAUUGGGGAAAUUUUUUGGGGGGUAUUCUAAUUUUAACUCAAGAAAAUCACAAUUUUAUAGUUCAGAUCGGGGGAAUUAAGUACAGUAAAUGGACCAAAGUACAAAGAUUCACAAUAUGUUUAGGGGUAUGUGUACCCCCACAGAAAAAAAGCACUGACUUUGAACUGGAAGGGAUUAAACGGAAGAGUCUUAACUGGACUUUGAACAAACAUACAAUUAUUUGUCGCUGCUUCAAACUUUACCGUGUUAUUACCUUCCUAAGUCAGUCCUGCGGGCUGUUCUUCUGAGUAAUUCUUUCUAUAGGGUAGUGAGGUGGGGGUAUUGGGGAUGGGUUUAAGGAAACCAGGGGGUGGGGGCCCUAAAAACAAAAUUGGGGACCCCUGCCCCACAACCACAUAAAGCCUUUAGAAACUUGGCUGUUUCUAAAAAAAUAAAAUUAUAUGUAUUUACAACCACAGCCACUUUACCUGGCCAGGUAGUUCAGGAUCCAUUUCACUAAACUACCCUCUUCUCCUGAAUCACCCCUCGCUUUUCCCCCCCUUCCCAGGUCUGGUGGGCUCCCGGCUUUGACGUACCUUCCUCCCCACCCAAAUGGAAGGAGACUCUAUGCUACGCAGACUGCGGAGGUAUUUUGGGGUUGCUGGGGGGGCAGGGUCUAUUUCUAGUUACGCCUCUUUAUUUUAAUGGGAAUCCCUUAUUCUGGUGGAUCGGGCCCAGGGGCUUUUGCAGUUUGAUGGUUGUACGAAGGGGUUUUUGUUUUUGUUUUUUAGGGAGGAGGUUAAAAAAGGUAAGGAUUUGUGGGCCGUGUGGCGUGGGACGGUUGUUGGUUCGGGUGCUGGCAAAACAGGUCUGUGAACCUUUUUAGCCCUUCCUCCAUCGUUACCCAAGGCACGUGGCUUCCUAAUUUGAUGAAUGCCUAUUGCACACUCAUUAAUCUCAAUUAUUCUUGCAACACCCUUUGUUGGGCUUGACGCUUUCUGGGGAGUGAGUAAGGUUAAGUUAUAAUAAUAAUCUGGGCAGCUUCCAAUAAAGUGUUAAAAACAAUACAACAAUAUUCCUUUCUCCAUGAAGACUAGGAGAGUGGUGGAUUUAAAAACAAAAGUAGCUUUUGGAAAGUCAGGCGGAUUUUAUCCUAGCCCCGUUACGCUGAUUGAGAACCCCAGCAGCUAUUGGCCUCACUUAUUCCUUUCAUCUUCUCCACCCCACCCCGGAAAAAGAAUAUAUAUAAAUUCUGAACGCCUGGUUCCCCAAAUCCUUUUCAGGUUCCCAUGACAGGGAGGCCAAAGUUUUAUUUCCCCAGUUGAAGUGCUUUGAAGUCAGAGUGUGUCCUUAGGAUUUGGUUGCUCUAAAAGGCAACCCUUUUUCUCACCCAAAUGUCUGGAACUGGCAUCUAUUAACCGCCCACCCCACAAAAGAUCCAUUUUGAACACCCCUUUUUUAUAUAUAAACACUCCACCCCAGAGGAAGCCGCAACCCCACCAUGGUGGAAUCUACCCACACAUUUCCACCACCUCAAACCAGACGGAUUUGUAACUUGUCACUUCCAGACGUAUAUUAUUUUGUCUCGUAAAUACGCUGCUUGCUUGUAGAACAAAAAGCGGUUUACAAAGAUGACGGAACAGUGAAAUUAUCAAUAAAAAAUGCUUAAAAACAGCUGUUUAAAGCAAUCAGGUAACAAUUAAGGUCAGCAAUAAGCUUAAAAUAUUUUUUUUAAAAAACACGUGCAAACAUUCCAUAUACCUGGGUAGGCUUGCCUAAACAAAAAUGGUUUUUUGGUAAUUGCUUUAUUAGAAGAUUUUCUUGGUAGCAAUAGUACAUAAAGCAUCUGUUCUCAGUUCAUAGAAUCCUUCAUACAUUGAAUGUGAAACAUUACUGUUAGGGGUUUGGGGGAAAAUAGAAGUGGGGAGAAAAAGGGGGGCAGAGAAAGUAAACUUUCAUCUAUCUAUCUAUCUAUCUAUCUAUCUAUCAUCUAUCAUCUAUCAUAUGCCCGCCUGCCUGCCUGUCUAUAAUUUGCCUGGAAAGGAGCACAAAAAAGGUCCCUGCCUGGCGUCAAUAGGCAGGGAGUUCCAAAGUUUAGCUGCUGCUAUGCUUAAAAGGCUGAUUUCGUACAAAUAAUAAUAACAAUAAAUAAUUUAUUAUUUAUACCCUGCCCAUCUGGCUGGGCCUCCCCAGCCACUCUGGGCAGCUUCCAACAAAAUAUUAAAAUACAGUAAUACAUCAGACAUUAAAAGCUUCCCUAAAGAGGGCUGCCUUCAGAUGUCUUCUAAAAGUCAGAUAGUUGUUUAUUUCCUUGACAUCUGGUGGGAGGGCGUUCCACAGGGCGGGUGCCACCACCAAGAAGGCCCUCUGCCUGGUUCCCUGUAACCUCACUUCUCGCCAGAAGGCCCUCGGAGCUGGACCUCAGUGUCUGGGCUGGACGAAGAGGGUGGAGACGCUCCUUCAGGUCUACUGGGCCUUUGAGGCUGUUUGGGGCUUUCAAGGUCAGCACCAACACUUUGAAUUGUGCUCGGAAACGUCCUGGGAGCCAACGUAGGUCUUUCAGGACCGGUGUUAUGUGGUCUUGGCUGCCGCUCCCAGUCCCCAGUCUGGCUGCUGCAUUCUGGAUUAAUUGCAGUUUCCGGGUCACCUUCAAAGGUAGCCCCACGUGGAGCGCAUUGCAGUAGUCCAAGCGGGAGAUAACUAGAGGAUGUGGAGCAGGGAUUGUGUGUCACCUGCAGCCCUGCCGGUUCUGCAAAUCGAGGUGUUAUCCUGGAUAUCCUUCUCUCCCUGACUUCCACGCGGCAUUUUCUAGGGGAAAGGUCAGGUUAUUUAAUCCCCGAUUUGGGAAGUAUGUAGGGGAAAGGUGAGCUGUCACCAGCUGAGCCCCAGGCGCCCUGGUGAUGUGGCUGCAAAAGGAGGAUUGCUCAUCCCGGUUGCGUUGGAAUUCCUGGAACAAAGCGGCAAAUGUCCCGGCCGUCCUGGGAUCCCGCCAGGAUUUCCCUCUGCAGCCCCCUUCCCACUGCAGGGCUGAUUUCAGGUUCGGCUCCAGUCUGAACCAGUAAGAGGGACUGUGCUGGGUUCGGCCAGAGGACCAGCUCCCUGCUCCCAGCAGUGGACAGGCUGAAUCAUAGUACGGUGGACGCUCAGGUUGCGAACGUGAUCCGUGUGGGAAGCACGUUAGCAACCCGCAGAGGGCUGCCUUCAGAUGUCUUCUAAAAGUCAGGUACAGUGGUACCUCGGGUUACAGACGCUUCAGGUUACAGACUCCGCUAACCCAGAAAUAGUACCUCGGGUUAAGAACUUUGCUUCAGGAUGAGAACAGAAAUCGUGCUCCGGUGGCACGGCAGCAGCAAGAGGCCUCAUUAACUAAAGUGGUGCUUCAGGUUAAGAACAGUUUCAGGUUAAGAGCGGGCCUCUGGGACGAAUUAAGUACUUAACCCGAGGUACCACUGUUGUUGUUUAUUUCCUUGACAUCUGGUGGGAGGGCGUUCCACAGGGCAGGUGCCACCACCGAGAAGGCCCUCUGCCUGGUUCCCUGUGACCUCACUUCUCGCAGGGAGGGAACCACCAGAAGGCCCUCAGAGCUGGACCUCAGCGUCCGGGCAGAACGAUGGGGGUGGAGACGCUCCUUCAGGGAUACUGGACCGAGGCUGUUUGUAUCAGGUAUACUGGGCUGACAAGAGUUGGCAACGGUGCUAGCCAGGCCUGAGGUACCUGCUUUAUGUGUGGGGUUUUUUAAAAAUUAAUUAUCUUUAUUUACACAUUAAAAAUUACACAUAAUCAAACACAUUAUUCUGUUAUGAAAGAAAAAAAUCACACAAAAUGAAAAUAGAAAAGAAAAGAGAAAAGAAGUAGAAAAGAGAAGAAAAAAUGGAAAGAAAGUUAAACGAAAACCUUAUCAAAGACAUACAGUUUAAGAAAUACAAACCAUCAUCGACAUUACUAUAAACAUAUAUUUCCAGUAAGAAGUCCUUUUAUCUUCACCUGAUCAAUUUCUCCUUGCUACUCUUACUUUCUUAUCUACGCCUAAUCUCUGGUUUUAUUCCUUGAUUUGUUAAUGACUCCCUUCUAUGCGUUUCCCAAUUUCUCAUAUCUUAAAAUUCUUGUUCUAUGGAAGACCAUUCUCUUAACUCUGGAAUUUAGUCUAUGCUCAACCAAGACUAAUCAUUGGAAACAUAUUUCAUCAUCUAAUUUUUUAAAAAUGUCCCAUUCUGCUUUGAUUCUCGGCCGAGGUCCUUCUGUUGACUGGACAGCAGGUUGAUAAGUCAACAAAGCUUUAUAUAUAAUUUCUCUAGCCGGAAAGGCUCUAACACCAAAUAACGUUCUUGUCACUUUUUGCAGGCCGUGCUGGAUAAAUCGAGUGCGAAGUCCGACGCAGUUUCCCAAGCGAUACCGGAAAAGAAACCUUUACUUGCAGUAGGUGCUUUUUUCCUAUUUUGGGGUGGGGACGACGACAGGGAAUUGAUGGUGGGGAAGAUAUUCGGCAGAUUGAAUUGAAUUUUCAGAAAAACAAAGAUGGGCUUAGGUGGUGGUCUGGUUCUCUGACCUGCCACCCCAAUUUCGAGGGAAAAUGCUGUCGUGAAAAAUCGGAGUCAUUUAUUGCUGUGCAAACCCCUGACCUCCCCACUGCCUUGAGCUUCCAGGAUGUUACGGGGUAUUCACAAACAUUCGUUCUCUGUGCUCGGAGGGCAGUGGGGGAGAGGGCUGCCUGAGCAAGGGCCCCCAAGCAUUUUGGGACGUAACUGGUUGAAAGGCUGACUUUUAAAUUAAAUUAACUGCCCUUUUCAAUGUGCCGUGCGAGGGGGGUUAAUAAUCAUAAUCAUAAUAAAUUUUUAUUUAUACCCCGCCCUCCCUGGCCAGAGCCGGGCUCAGGGUGGCUAACACCAGUAAAAUUACAAUUAAAAACACAAAUAAAAAAAUAAACCGAUUUAAAAUUCAGGUUAAAAUAUAUUUGGAUUCUCUUUGUUCUUAUUUUUAAUAUUUUUUAAAAUAAAUUGUAAUUUUGUGUUGUGUUGCCCUGAGAUCUAUGGGCGUAGGGCAGUAUGCAAAUUUAAUAUAUGGUGAUAAUUCUCCUGCAAACCCCCCACCCUAUUCACCAUGAGAGGCCCUUUUCCUGGUCUCCGCCACCGUACACGGUUGGGCAGGUGGUAUCCAAGGCCAAAGGCCUUUUUUCAUGUCCUGUCUUUGGAAUACCUUAAGAAUGUAAGGAUUGCCGUGCCGGAUCAGACCAGAGAUCCAGCUAGGCCGGCACCCUGUUCUCGCCGGGCCCCGAGCAGAAUCUGAACACAAGACCCUCUCCCCUCCUGUGGUUUCCAGCGACUGGCGUCGAAAAUAACGUUGCCUCCGACAGCGGAGCAGUUUUCCAAAAAUAUAGCUAAAUGUAAAUUAACAAAUAUAAUUAAAUGGGCUGAUAAGGGUGUGAGCGCGACAGCCCUGGCAGCUAAUUAUAGGGCAGGUAUAAUUCCAAAACGUACGCGCGUGGGCGUUUCUGCACCGGCGAAAGUUGGCUGGUAUUAAUAUCUCCCCUGCCUUUAUUCUCCUUUGCAGAGAGAGACGUGGUUUAAAUUUAUGUCGGUCUGCAUGCGGCUGUCGGUUGUGAGCUAGCGCAGGAGCAUCUGAACCGACAUGGGUUGUUUUUGUUACGCAGAGUGAGGCCCUCUAAUCCAGACUGGCUGGCUGGUUCUCAAGGGUCUCUGAUUAUUCCUUCCAAGCCCUUCACGGAGGUGGCAGGAUUGAACCCAAGACCUUAUGCUGGCCACACAGGUGCCUUUCCCACCAGAUUCCUAAGAAUGAGAGGAAAACCUGCUGGAUCAAGCCCAUGGCCCAGCCAGCCCAGGAUCCUGUGCUCACAGUGGCCAACCACGUCCAGGAUCCGAUCACAAGAGCCCUCUCCCCUCCUCCUGUGGCUUCCAGCGACCGAUAUUUAUUUAUAUAUAUAUAUAUAUAAAUACAUAAUUUUUAUUAAUAACAUUCCAAUUGGUAACAGAUCAAAUCAAAUCUUGAUACCCACAACGUAACUGGCUGUGUUUAACUAUCUAAAUUCUUUAUCCAUCAUAUAAGCAUAACUCUUUUCACAUUAUCUAAUUGAGUAGAAGCAAUUAAGGACCAACAUUUAGAACAGGAAAUACAAAUAGAUCAGUUCUUAUAUACGUAAUUGUCCAAAUGGAAGCUUUUUGUGUUCCACGUAUGUCUUAGCGCAUACAAGUGUCAAACGUAACAACUUUAAGGAGCAGUACUUGCAAAAGAUGGAACUUUUCUUUGUAAUGUUCCACAACUGCCUUUGCAAAGUACGGUUGUUGCUUGCAGCUGCUGUAUGCAGGUAUCAGACGAAGGAUACGAAAGAUCUUAACAUGUGCCUUUGCAAAAUAUAGUUGCUGUAUGCCGGUGUCAGUUGAAAGAACUUAAACGUGACAAGGAUUCCCGGAAUAAUACUUUGUUUUGCCUUGCUGGGCUUCGUCAGCCGUGCAUAAUCAUAAUACAAAAAAAUAAAGCCAGUUAUAUAUUCCAAAUUAAAUAAUUUAAUGGGACUUCCCAUGUUCUGGCUGUCGGGAGAAAGUUUCUUUCACUUGUUCCUGCAUUAUUCUUCUCUUGUUUUUUCCAGUUUCAUAAUUCCGCUCUUAACCUUUGUCUUAUCAUUGCAAUCGCUGGUGUAUGACUUUCUAUCAUAUUUAGCAAGUCCGUAUGUCUAUUAACCUGCAAGAGGCCUUUUUAUUCUGUCUUGUUAUCCGUCGGUUGAUUUUUAGAUCACCCCCCCCGUCAUUCCAUAUUUUAUCUUCAAGAGCUCUGGGCUCUCUUUCGUUUGAGUUAGGCGCAGCAGUCUUUCAGAUCUUUUAACGAGCUGAUAGUCCAAAUACGAGUUUUCUGUAGAAAAGCGACGUUGUGGGGUAUAUUUCACAAGUCAAUAAUUGUGUGGUUCCUCUAAAAUCCUAGCCUGCUAGCCCCCGGGCCCUAGGGGAAGCUCGCAAAGAUCAACAAUUCACCCUCAUUUUCACAUUACUCCAUGUACAAAAGCAGAUGCAGCUUUUGGUGUGAAAUAUUAAAAACGAAGAUCAUGGCCACUGGUCCCAUCACCUCCUGGCAAAUAGAAGGGGAAGAAAUGGAGGCAGUGAGAGAUUUUACUUUCUUGGGCUCCAUGAUCACUGCAGAUGGUGACAGCAGUCACAAAAUUAAAAGACGCCUGCUUCUUGGGAGAAAAGUAAUGACAAACCUAGACAGCAUCUUAAAAAGCAGAGACAUCACCUUGCCAACAAAGGUCCGUAUAGUUAAAGCUCUGGUUUUCCCAGUAGUGAUGUAUGGAAGUGAGAGCUGGACCAUAAAGAAGGCUGAUGGCUGAAGAAUGGAUGCUUUUGAAUUCUGGUGCUGGAGGAGACUCUUGAGAGUCCCACGGACUGCAAGAAGAUCAGACCUCUCCAUUCAGAAGGAAAUCCGCCCUGAGUGCUCACUGGAAGGACAGAUCCUGAAGCUGAGGCUCCAGUAUUUUGGCCACCUCAUGAGAAGAGAAGACUCCCUGGAAAAGACCCUGAUGUUGGGAAAGAUGGAGGGCACAAGGAGAAGGGGACGACAGGACGAGAUGGUGGGACAGUGUUCUCAAAGCUACCAAUAUGAGUUUGACCAACCUGUGGGAGGCAGUGGAAGACAGGAGGGCCUGGCGUGCUCUGGUCCAGGGGGUCACGAAGAGGCGGACACGACGAAAAGACACAACAACAACAACAACAUUCCCCAAUUGUAUUCCAUCGGUUGUCUUCAGCCCCCACUGGGUGGAGGUUGUUUCUCUUUUGUCCUGCCUCACAGCCUGUGCCAUUUUCUCAUCCCAGCGACCAAUAUUGAGAAGUACCGUAUUUUUCGCUCCGUAAGACGCACUUUUUUCUUCCGAAAAAGUAAGGGGAAAUGUCUGUGCGUCUUACGGAGCGAAUGCGUGGUCCCUGGAGCUGAAUUGCCCAGGGGCAAAAAGCAGAUCAUGCUUUUUUUUUUUGAAAGAGGGAAGUGGGUGUUGAAACAAAGCCGCUGAUCGGUUCGGGGAGAGAGAUAAGGGACGCUAGAGAUAAAGGAGGCUGCCUGGGAGGGUGGUGGUAAAGACAGCAAACUUGCAAAGGGGGGAAACAGGAAGACCAAAGCAAUAAGGAGAGAAAUGAGAAGAAAAGGAGGAGCAAAAAACUGCUCCAGCUAAGGAAAAGACGCUAAGGCAAACAAGGGGGAAGGGAGUGUUGAAAGGAAACAGCUGAUCGGUGGGAUCAGGAGAGAGAUAAGGGACUCUAGAGAUAAAGGAGGCUGUCUGGGAGUGGGGAGGUAAAAGCCCAUGGAUCCUCAGGAAUUUUGCAUUGGGGUACCCCAAAUUCACCAUCAGAUCACAUAGCAUCUCCAUGGCUACAGCCUGCACCAAAAAAAUCACGCACCCACUGUUGCGUGGGGCCGCAAUAGCGCAAAAACGUGGUUACAAAUCAUGGAUCCACAUGGAUCCUCAGGAUUUUUGCAUUGGGUCACCCCAAAUUCACCAUCAGAUCACAUGUCUGUGGCCACAGCAUGAACCACAAAAAUCAACCAAACCUCCACUGUUUGGUUCAGAAUAUUUUUUUUCUUGUUUUCCUCCUCUAAAAACUAGGUGCGUCUUAUGGAGCGAAAAAUACGGUAUUACUGCCUCCAGAGCCCUCCUGACUACUUGUCCUCCCUGAGUUGGUCUAAUCCAUCUUUAAAGGCUUCCAUGUUGGGUGCCCUCCUUCCCUCCAGUGGCAGGGAGUUCCAGAGUUUCUAUGCAUCGUUUACCGAACGGCUUCCUUUUUAAUCUGUCCUGAAUACCUCCAACAUUCAGCGUCUAGUGCUGUGAGAGAGGGAGAAAACGUUUGUUUCUUUCUCUGGGAUAUGCAUGAUUUUAUCGAAUUCCGUCAUGCCGGCUCUCACUUGCAUUUCCUCUAAAUUUAAGAAGCCCCAAGUGUUGCAACUCUUCCUCUUGUUCUCCAUCCAGGAGUCGAAGUCAUUUGCCGUUGGGAUGUUCAAGGGCCAGGUCAACACAGAACAAGUCUUCCCUUAUCCUUCAGGUAAACACCAGGGGCUUGGAGCGGAGAUGGGUUGGAGGACUUUAAUGUUUGAUGUAUUACUGUGUUUUAGUUCGUUGGAAGCUGCCCAGAGUGGCUGGGUAACCUCGUCAGAUGGGCAGCAUGUAGAUAAUAAUAAUAAUAAUAAUAAUAAUAAUAGUCCAGACUAUUGGGAAAUGAUCCAUAAUGAAUUGAAAAAAAUGUUUAAAAGUACUUUCCAAACAAACCCAGAGUCCUUUCUGUUGGGGAUAAUUCAGACUGAAAUUCCCAGGUGUCAAAAAAGGUUAUUUAUGUACGCCACUACUGCGGCCCGUGUUUUGUUAGCCCCAAAAUGGAAAACGAGCGAGGUCCCAACCAAAGAAGAAUGGCAACUUAAGUUGACAGAAUAUGCCCAGCUUGCAGACAUAUAGAAUGAGAGAACAAGAAGAAGAUACUUUUAAAGAAGACUGGAAAACGUUUAUUGACUAUAUGGGAAAUAAUUGUGUACAGCUGAAAACGCUGGCAGCAUUAAGAUAAAUUCAGCAGUGUAAACAAGUUUUGAUGGGUGCAAUAAUGGAAUACUGAAUGGUGUCGUUUUUGUGAAAUAUGCAGGGAUUUGUGAUAUGUAAAAUGAACCAUGGAAAGAGAAGAAGGGAAAUCAUUGGUAUCUUAAGGAUGUAAAAUGGGUAUUUUAAAUUGUAAAACUGAAAACUUAAUAAAAUUAUAUACAGAAGGAAAGGAAAUGCAAAUAAUAAUAAUAAUAUUAUAAUAGCAAUUCAUACACCUGCCAGAAACCCAGCCCAAGACCCCCUUCAUUUUGAGUCCUGGGUCUGCCUCAUUCCCUGUACUUUUCUCCUGAGGACUAGGCACUUCAAUCAGCAGCCCAUUUUUGACCUAGUCCAGGCAUCCCCAACCUUUGUCCCUCCAGAUAUUUUGGACUACAAUUCCCAUCAUCCCUGACCACUGGUCCUGUUAGCUAGGGAUCAUGGCAGUUGUAGUCCCAAAACAUCUGGAGGGCCGAGUUUGGGGAUGCCUGACCUAGUCCUAGAGGCCAUGGGUAGGCAAACUUAGGCCCAAAUCCAGGCCAGUUGCCUUCUAAAUCUGGCCCGCGGACGGUCCAGGAAUCAGCGUGUUUUUACACGAGUAGAAGGUGUGCUUUUAUUUAAAAUGCAUCUCUGGUUUAUUUGUGGGGCACAGGAAUUCGUUCAUUAUUAUUUUUUUCAAAAUAUAGUCCGGCCCUCCACAAGGUCUGAGGGACAGUGGACAGGCCCCCUGCUGAAAAAGUUUGCUGACCCCUGGACUAGCCAAACAAAUUUCUUAAUUUCGCUUCUUUCUUCCGUAAAGGGCAAGGCAGAGGGAGGUCUGUGGGUUUGCGUUUUAAGUCUAAGAACGUUGGCUGAGGAUAGGAAAGGCCAACUCUAGGUGCGCAGGGCUAAGUUGCUCCCUUUUCCUUAAUAAUAAUAAUUGAUUAUUUAUACCCCACCCAUCUGGCUGGGUUUCCCCAGCCGCUCUGGGCGGCUUCCAAACGAAUAUUCAAAACAAUGCGGCUUGGCGUGCAGUUAAGAGAAUGCAGCCAGCCAUCUCAGAUGGGAAAAGCUUGGAGAGUGUAAAAAGCAGAAGGAGGCAAGGAAAUCCAAAUUGGUUCCGCCGCAAGGUGCAUGUUGGGGUUUGGAAAAGCAGUUUGCUAGGAGGGCUAGCAGGCUAGCAGGGGCUGAUGUUUUCCUUCCCUUCUCUUAUUACAGUUCUAAAUGAAGAUCAAGCCCAGACACUGAGAGAGCUGGUGGGCCCCGUCUCUCGGUUCUUUGAGGUGAGGACUCCCAGAAUGGCAUCUGUCUUAAUAAUAAUAAUAAUAAUAAUUUAUUAGGGCAGGGCCAGAAUUAUGUGGGUGGGAAUUGAGGAGAAAUGGCAGGUUUUGUCUAAACCUUGGGGAACACAUUCCCAACAGCGAGGGGAAACGCAGAAUGGGUUUAAAUCACAGAUAGGCAAACUUGGGCUGGAUCCGGCCCAAUCGCCUUCUAAAUCCGACCUGCAGACGGUCUGGGAAUCAGUGUGUUUUUACAUGAGUAGAAUGUGUCCCUUUAUUUAAAAUGCACCUCUGGGUUAUUUGUGAGGCAUAGGAAUUCGUUCAUUUCCUCUCCUCCAAAAAAUAUAGUCCGCCCCCCCCACAAGGUUGGAGGGACGGUGGACCGGCCCCCUGCUGAAAAGGUUUGCUGACCUCUGGUUUAAAUAGAUGCUUUCCCCAUCAUCUGACUCUCCCUUCCUCCCUCUCUCCACCAGGAGGUGAACGACCCGGCCAAAAAUGAUGCGCUGGAGAAAGUGGAGGACAAGACCAUGGAAGGCCUCAAGGAGCUGGGAGCUUUUGGCUUGCAAAUCCCCGUCGAGCUCGGGGGACUGGGGCUCAGCAACACACAGGUGAGGCUCGAGGGCUGGCGCCCCCCCCCAUCCUUCCCCUAAAUGCUACCAGACUCGGAGGGAAGCCUAGGAACAUAGUUGUCAACCGUCCCGUAUUUGCCGGGAAACUCCCUUAUCCCAGCGCCGUGUCCCGCUGCUGUCCCUUAUUGAUGAUGUCCCUUAAAUUUCCCGGGUUUCAAAGGAAGCAGCUCCUCUCCCUCCCUCCCUCCCUGCCGGCCAGGGAGCAGGGAGGCUCCAACUGGGUUGCUUGGCUGCCUGGCCCGCCCCCCUCCGGCCUCCUCUCACCAGCCUCGGCCCCCGGGAACCCCUCCCCGCCGGGGACUGAGGAGCCUUGAGAGGAGAGCAAGGGCAACCAUAGAGAAAGCAGUUCAGAGAGAGGAGGAGGAGGCGGAGGCGCAGACAGGUGUUCCAAGGGCUAACCAUAGAGGGGGAAAGCGGAGGAAGGACCGCAAGAGCUUCUCCCAUAGAUUUGUAGUGGUAGACUAGCAUAGAUGGUCUGAUCUGCGGGUUUACUUCGGGCGCUAUUUCCCCCCCCUCCUCCCGCCCCACCUGGUGGAAUUGAGAGCUGCAGAUGGAGAACGAGAGAAAAGAUACAGAACUGCAGCAGCAUCUUCGUAGCUUGGACUUCGUUUUGCACGAAAAGUGGUUGCUGCUUGUAGUUAUUUAAUUGCAGUGUUUCAUCAGCUGGUGUCUUGAGCAGCAACCUCUGGAAACGAAGGGCUAAAACCCGGCACUGCUCUCCCAAAUUCUCUGGUCCCUUUUAACUUCGUAUUUCAGCUGGUUGACUAAAAUCCCUUAUUUUGGCUGCUGGUCCCUUAUUUUCAAAUCUGUAAGUUGACAGCUAUGCCUAGGAAGGAAACGACAUGGAGGUUUGUGAGCUUAGAGGGAUUUCCUGCUGCUCUGUGCAGCCAUUGGUCAAGUUGCUGUGAUGUCAUGGAAUGUUCUCAGACAUUGUCCUUUCAGGGAUGGGGGUGGCUUUCCUGCUUUGAGGAAGGCUGAGCUUUCUUGCCACUGAGAAAAAUGUGUUCUGCCCAUGCUCAGAGGCGCGCAAGAGAGCUUUGAAUGCUUCACGGCUGACACCCCUUCUUUUUCUCUCUUCCUGCCACAGUAUGCACGAAUGGUGGAGCUCGUCGGCAUGCACGACCUGGGGGUGGGCAUCACCUUGGGGGCCCACCAGUCGAUCGGGUUUAAGGGCAUCCUCCUCUAUGGCACCAAGGAGCAGAAGGAAAAGUACCUCCCCAAAUUGGCAACAGGUAAGGGGUCGUGGCCUUGUGGGGGGUGGGGAGCUGAGGGGCAGAGACAUCAUAACCAGGGGCAGGCGAUGGGGAGGCGAGGGGCAGAAUAAGGGGCUGAGGGAGGAAGUUGAGGGAGGGAAGUGCACCCUGCAACACGGUCCCUCCUGCUGCGUGAAUCCCCGCUUCAAGGGUUCCUCGCUUCACAAGUUUCCCCUUUCGCCGCCCAACAUCCCAUUUACCUGCCUAAAUUCCCUUUCAUCAUGGUGUAUGUGUGUUUUUUGUGUGUGCACAAGGUUGGGUUGUGUUGUUAUUAUUUUUUGAAAUAGUUAUAAUAUAUAAACUUAUAAUAAAAUCCAUUGAAAAUCCAUAUUGCGAGAUCUCUCUGAAUCUCAUGACUGCCUCCCCUCCCUUCCAGGGUCCUAGUGUCAAUAUUUACAUUUGCAUAGCAGCCUGUUAUCCACAUUUUUUUCUCCAUGUAAAUUGUCCGUAUUCUUUGUUACCUUGCAAGUGAGAUUAAAAUCCUGCUAGUGUUUUCAUCUGCUUACAGUAGUUUCCUAAAUAAAUUAUAUACACCCCCCCAUUCUUUUUUAAAAGUUCGUAUCAUCUUGGUUCCUUAGCUUUCCAGUUAAUUUGGCCAUUUCGGCAUAGUCCGUCAACUUGGUUUGUCGUUCUUCCCUGGUCGGGAUUUUUUCUUCUUUCCCAUCCGGGUUGUGUUAUUUGGAUCACGAGGGUUGAGGCAUGCUUAUAUCGCACAAAACUUGGAAGCCACUUCAGACCUUGUAGGCAAAGGUGGCUGUGCGUAUUUUGGGUGCCUCUGUCUUCCCAUGACGACCCCCUUUUUAAAAAAUAAAAUAAAAUAAAACCCUCUAGGUGAGACCAUUGCUGCGUACUGCCUGACAGAGCCCACUAGCGGCUCGGACGCGGCUUCCAUCCGAUCCACGGCUGAGCUCAGCCCCUGCGGCACUUACUACACUCUCAACGGGAGCAAGAUUUGGAUCAGGUGAGUUGGGGGCGAGCCUGGGUGGGUAGGUGGAGGAGGAGGAGGAGGCACGGAUUGGGGCAGGGUGGGGGGAGUGUUAUAUUUUGGAUAUUUUUUAUACUGCCGCUUUUGAUCAUAUAUUACUACUAUUAUUAUUUAAUUGAAUUUAUAUACCACCCUAUAGCCAGAGGUCUCAGGGUGGUUCACAUAAAAGAUCACAGUAUGAAGAAUAAAAAUAAAAUCAAUGACCCAAUAAUACCCACCCCCCAAAAAAGAGCCAUAUUUUAAAAGGGUAUGGGAUGUUGAUCAGGUCAACCAAAGGCCUGGUUAAAAAGGAACUUGUUUUUAUCUAUAUCUAUCUAUAAUAUAGGGACGCGGGUGGCGAUGUGGGUUAAACCACAGAGACUAGGACUUGCCAAUCAGAAGGUCGGCGGUUCGAAUCCCCGUGACGGGGUGAGCUCCCGUUGCUCGGUCCCUGCUCCUGCCAACCUAGCAGUUCGAAAGCACGUCAAAGUGCAAGUAGAUAAAUAGGUACCGCUCUGGCGGGAAGGUAAACGGUGUUUCCGUGCACUGCUCUGGUUCUCCAGAAGCGGCUUAGUCCUGCUGGCCACAUGACCCGGAAGCUGUACGCUGGCUCCCUCGGCCAAUAAAGCAAGAUGAGCGCCGCAACCCCAGAGUCAGCCACGACUGGACCUAAUGGUCAGGGGUCCCUUUACCUUUAUCUAUAUCUAUCUAUAAUAAAUAUAUAUGUGUGUGUGUGUGUGUGUGUGUGUGUGUAUGUAUUUAUAUGUGUGCGUGUGUAUACACACAGACACACACACACACACAUUUAUAUAUACUGACUUUUUUGUAUUAAUUUUUUUUGAUGAAUUCCCCCCCCCCCCCAGUUUCCUUCCUUUGUAUACUGCUGUGUUUGAUAUUCCAAUGUUUGCAAUGUUUUCCCCCCCAAACCCGUGUUGUUGUGAGCCUCUUUGAGCUCGACGUGUGUUGUUGCAAAAGCGCGGAAUGCAGGUAUAAUAAUAAUAAUAAUAAUAAUAAUAAUAAUAAUAAUAAUAAUUUAUUAUUUAUACCCCGCCCAUCUGGCUGGGCUUCCCCGGCCACUCUGGGCGGCUUCCAAAAAAAUAUUAAAAUACUAUAAUACAUCAAACAUUAAAAGCUUCCCGAAACAGGGCUGCCUUCAGAUGUCUUCUAAAAGCCUGGUAGUUGUUGUUCUCUUUGACAUCUGGUGGGAGGGUGUUCCACAGGGAAGGCGCCACUACCGAGAAGGCCCUCUGCCUGGUUCCCUGUAACUUGACUUCUCGCAGUGAGGGAACCGCCAGAAGGCCCUCAGUGCUGGACCUCAGUGUCCGGGUAGAACGAUGGGGGUGGAGACGCUCCUUCAGAUAUACUGGACCAAGGCCGUUUAGGGCUUUAAAGGUCAGCACCAACACUUUGAAUUGUGCUCGGAAACGUACUGGGAGCCAAUGUAGGUCUUUCAAGACCGGUGUUAUGUGGUCUCUGCGGCCGCUCCCAGUCACCAGUCUAGCUGCCGCGUUCUGGAUUAGUUGUAGUUUCCGGGUCACCUUCAAAGGUAGCCCCAAUAUCAAAUCAAAAUGAAAUAUGUCAUCCCCCCCCCCAAAUAAAAAAAUAUAAAUGUCAGGAUGUGAAAAACCACCAUAAGUUAAAAGCUGCCAAACUGCUUGUGUGUGUUAGUUUAGGACAGGCAUGGCCAAACUCGGCCCUCCAGCUGUUUCGGGACUACAACUCCCAUCACCCCUAGCUAACAGGACCCAGUGGUCAAGGAUGAUGGGAGUUGUAGUCCCAAAACAGCUGGAGGGCCAAGUUUAGCCAUGCCUGGUUUAGGAGGUUUAAAAUGGUAUCUAAAGAAUCUUUUUUUUAAAAAAAGUCCUGGUGACAAAAAGAGAACGAUAAGGAAGGUGUCAGUUGGGACUUCCUGGGGAGAGAAUUCCAAAAUGGCGGGCGACCGCCAAAGGGGCUCUCUCCCUCUCUCUCGCAUAGCCAUUCAUCCCAGAUGGAAUGGGCAGCCGCAAAUAUAUUAAUAUAGACCUUCAAAUGUGAGGUUGGAGGCUUGCCUGUGGUCCUGCAGUUACGAGCGCCAACCCCCCACCCCUGACUGGCAAAUCUCUUGCAGCAACGGCGGCCUUGCGGAUAUAUUUACCGUUUUCGCAAGAACGAAGAUCAAGGACGAGGCGACUGGGGAAGUGAAGGACAAGAUCACGGCCUUCAUAGUGGAGCGAGCCUUUGGGGGCGUCACGCGGUGAGUAGUAUCGGAGCAAGCCAGCUCACUCCAGCUUCGGCUUAUUCCUCUACCCGGGCCAGUAUUGCCUGCUCUGGCUCUCAGCUGCUCUCCAGAUUCUCAGGCCACGCACAGGAGGAGAGAUUUCCUGGCUCUGCUCACUGGAGAUUGAACUUGGAAGCUUCUGCAUUUAAAAAACGGGGAAUUUACAAGAAUGCCUGCAAAUGAUGCAUACACGAACAUUUAAAAUUGGGGACUCUCCACUAACUUAUUAAAGGAAGGUGCUUCCUUAGUCUUCAGUGCUUGGCGAUGUAGAAAAAUUUCCUGCAGGCAUUUAAAGGUUAAAUGCAUUUACUGUAUUUUUCCGUGUAUAAGACUGUAUUUUUUUAGGUUUAAAAUUGGGGAUUGUCUUAUACAUAGUGCAUAGGGGGGACUGGCAAUUCCCCCCCCCCAAAAGCUCAGCAACUCUGGCCAAUCAUCCCCCAAAACAGCUUAACAACUCUGGCCAAUCUCCCCCCAUUUUAUUAAUUUGGAGUCCCCGAAAAUAGGGGACGUCUUAUACACAGGGGCGUGUUACACACAGAAAAAUACGGUAUUUAUCUCACCCCCCUCCAGCGGACCCCCAGAGAAGAAGAUGGGCAUCAAGGCGUCCAACACGGCCGAGGUCCACUUUGACGGGUGCCGUGUUCCUGUCGAGAAUGUCAUAGGGGCCCCUGGCUCUGGCUUCAAGGUGGCCAUGAAUAUCCUGAACAACGGGCGGUUUGGCAUGGCCGCUGCCACGGCCGGCACCAUGCGGGGGCUGAUCAGCAAAGCGGUGAGUGAAGUCUCAUAGUACCUUUGGUUUGUUGAGUUGGAAGAGGACCCCCCUCUUUCCAAUUUUUUUAAUGCUUGAUGUUUUAGCGUGUUCCUAUAUCUGCUGGGGGACAUGGGUGACGCUGUGGGUUAAACCACAGAGCCUAGGGCUUGCCGAUCAGAAGGUUGGCGGUUCAAAUCCCUGCUACGGGGUGAGCUCCCGUUGCUCAGUCCCUGCUCCUGCCAGCCUAGCAGUUCGAAAGCAUGCAGUGCAAGUAGAUAAAUAGGUACCACUCCGACGGGAAGGUAAACGGCGUUUCCGUGCGCUGCUCUGGUUCGCCAGAAGCGGCUUAGUCCUGCUGGCCACAUGACCCGGAAGCUGUACGCCGGCUCCCUCGGACAGUAAAGCGAGAUGAGUGCUGCAACCCCAGAGUCGUUGGCGGCUGGACUUAACUGUCAGGGGUCCCUUUACCUUUACCCCUUAUGGCUUUGAUCUAUAGGCUACCACUAAAAUGAGGCUUCAUUUUAAACUGCAUUUUAAACUGUAUUCUAACUUAUAUUUUAAUCCACUGGUGUUUUUUUUUAAAAUGUUUUUACUAUAUUUAUAUUCAGUGUUAGGUGCCCUGAGCCAGGACUUGGCCAGGGAGGGCGGGGUAUAAAUAUCUUCUUCUUCUUCUUCUUCUUCUUCUUCUUAUUAUUAUUAUUAUUAAUUAUCCAAAAAGGUGAACUACGCAGCAAACAGGACCCAGUUUGGAGACAAAAUCCACAACUUCGAGGGAAUUAAGGAGAAACUGGCUCGCAUGGCAGUUCUACAAUACGUGACAGAGGUGAGCGCAAGGGCGAAAGUGAGCUAGCACAUGAGGUUGGGGCAGCGACACGUGAACUGCUGUGGCGUGCCAAAAAAGCGCAGUGCUCAGCACCAAAGCCCUCGACUGCAGCCCGUCCUGACCCGCCACCUUCCCCCAGCCUGGCAACGAGCCUUUAAAUCUUUGCUUCAUAUGGACUAGGAACUUGAGAAGAACGUCAGGAGGAUCCCUGCAGUGGGAUCAGGCCAAAGCCCAUCUAGCCCAGUUUCCUGUUCUCACAGUGGCCAACCGAGGGGGCGGGGAUGAGUGCAACUGAAUUCCCCAAAGGGUUGUAAACUGAAAGGUGAAAUUAACAGGACGCACCCAGAAGCUGUUAGUUUCAGCGCAUCCUGUUACGACGCAGACUUUUUCAAAACAGUGAUGGAGCAGAGUGUGGGUAGGCAAACUAAGGCCCGGGGGCCGGAUCCGGCCCAGUUGCCUUCUAAAUCCGGCCUGCGGAUGGUCUGGGAAUCAGCGUGUUUUUACAUGAGUAGAAAUGUGCCCUUUUCUUUAAAAUGCAUCUCUGGGUUACAGUGGUACCUCGGGUUACAUACGCUUCAGGUUACAGACUCUGCUAACCCAGAAAUAGUGCUUCAGGUUAAGAACUUUGCUUCAGAACAGAAAUCGGGCUCCGGGGGAGCAGCAGCAGCAAGAGGCCCCAUUAGCUAAAGUGGUGCUUCAGGUUAAGAACAGUUUCAGGUAAAGAACGGACCUCCAGAACGAAUUAAGUACUUAACCCAAGGUACCACUGUAUUUGUGGGGCCUGCCUGGUGUUUUUACAUGAGUAGAACGUGUGCUUUUAUUUAAAAUGCAUCUCUGGGUUAUUUGUGGGUUAUUUGUUCAUUUCCCCCUCCUCCAAAAAAAAUAUAGUCCGGCCCCCCACAAGGUCUGAGAGCCAGUGGACCGGCCCCCUGCUGGAAAAGUUUGCUGACCCCUGAAGCAGAAUCUCACUCCCUUGGCUCUUUUCCUCUUCCCUACAGUCCAUGGCAUACAUGAUCAGCGCGAAUAUGGACCAAGGGGCAACCGACUUCCAGAUUGAGGCGGCCAUCAGCAAAAUCUUUGGCUCGGUGAGAAAGGGGCCUGGUGGGAAAUGGGGAAGGUGGCCUUGUCCCCUUGUCUGUCGGUCACCUGUUUGGCUGCACCCCUGUUUUAACGGGCAAGGUCCCUCUGUUUUGACCAUCUCCCUUGGCGGCGGCUGCUGCUGCUGGUGGUGGUGUUUCAGUGCGCCCAUUUUACAGCCUGAGAAGACAGUCAUUUCCCCCCCUUUCCCUUUUGUCUUGCCCAGGAGGCCGCUUGGACUGUUGCAGACGAGUGCAUCCAGGUCAUGGGCGGAAUGGGCUUCAUGAAGGUGAGUCAAUUGGGAGAAAUCUCUUCCACCACCACCUUGUCCGAAACCACCAGUUGUCAUCCACAGUGUUCGUAGUUCCAGGUUUUCAUUCCCUUUUCCUUUCCAAAACGAUUUCCCCCCUUUUUUUUAAAUAAAGGCAAGUAAAUACCUGAAAGAUUGUCGUACCACCUCUAUGCCCAUUUGACCGCUUUGAUCUACGGAACUGGCAGUAUUCCAGGUGCCAAAAUGAUACCCAUUCCUCAUUCAUUAAAAAAAAUCAAUUUUUUUAGCGUGGCAGCACCUACGCGCAGGAACUCUCUGCCUGUUGACAUGUACUCUUUUCAUCGCCUGCUAAAAACAUUUUUCUUUGGACAAGCCUGCCCAGACACGUAGAACGUUGCUGUAUGUUUUAAUCUGAUUUCACUUUAUUGCUGAUUUAAUCUUCUGAGUGCUUUUAAGGAGUUGUUUUUACUGCUACUUUUCGUUUUAUUCUCUUUGUGUACCGCUUUGAGGUUGAUGGUUUUUUUAAAAAACAAUCGAGCACUGUAUAAAUUUAUGAAAUAAAUAAAAUAACAACAGACAGAAAAAUACAAAGAGAAGAAAUGAAAACACGGCUUUGUAAUUUACUGAAUUGAUAAGAAAUCAAGGAAUGGGCAAAGGAGAGAGAGGUUGGGUUGUAAUUUCAACUACAAAUUAUUUCAAAAAGAAGACAAAAGAUAAUUCUAAGCGAUGCUAAAUCCAGAUAUUUGCAUGAACUCACGGGGCCUGACAUUCCUGACCUGUAUUUGUAUCUGAAAUAAAAUUAAACCAAGUGGUGAGGAAACUAAUCUCGAGUGCUCUGGGACACCUUGAAUUUGUUUCUCUGUGUGUGUGUGUUUUCCCCAAGCAAAGCAAUUUUCCAAGACUUGGAAAACCAGCAGUCCAGGUUGCCAGGACUGAAAUCCUUCCAAAACUUGGCCUUUGUGACUCAGCCCCAGAUUUUCCUUUCUGAAAUGAAUGAAACCUGGCCUUGCGACUCUAAGCCAAAAGCAACCUCCUGCCCCCAAAUAGGAGAUGGACAAAGGCUGGGUAUGAUUACUAGGAUUCAGAAGCCUGGCUGCUUUUGAAUGUGGAGGCACAACGUAUACAACCCUCUCCUCCAUCCUCUAGGUUGGUGGCCAUCUUGUGGCAGGGAGUUCCAGAGUUUAUGCACUGCGUGAAGGAGCUCUCUUUCCUUCAUCUCGUCCUGAAUCUGUCCUGUUCAUACUCAGGCUCUUGAUUUUAAACUUGCCUUGCCCAGGACUCUGGGCCAUCCAGACCCUUGGAUUGAAAGCCCCCCAUGUUAAGGUCAGAACCGGUGGGGGAAUCCUGGUUCUGUCCACCUUGACCCUCCUCUCCUUCUCUUCUCGCUCUGCUGCAGGAUGCCGGAGUGGAACGUGUGCUGCGUGACUUGAGAGUUUUCCGGAUCUUUGAGGGAACCAAUGACAUCCUGCGGCUGUUUGUCGCGCUCAAUGGAUUUCAGGUGGGUUGUUGGGAAUGUGUGUCUGUGGUUCAGAAUCUGGGGAAGAGGAGGAAGAGAGGAAAGAGCGCAGUGUUUUUUAAGGUGGGAGGCGGAGCUUCUGCGUUGCCCCCGUGGCUUUCAGCCAUUGAUGAGAACAUUGGAAGAGCUCUGUUGGAUCAGGCCUAAGGCCCAUCUAUUCCUUUAAAAAAUAAUAAUAAAUAAACUUUAUUAUACAUCAAUUAAGAUCACUUUGCACAUUACAGUGGACACUCGGGUUGCGAACGUGAUCCGUGCGGGAUGCACGUUCGCAAUCCGCAGCAGUGCGAGUUGCGAUUCAGCACUUCUGCGCAUGCGCAAAGUGUGAUUUAGCGCUUCUGCGCAUGGACGACCACUGAAACCCGGAAGUAACCUGUUCCGGUACUUCCAGGUUUCAGCGCGUCCGUAACCCGAAUAAACGCAACCUGAAGUGUCUGUAACCCAAGGUAUGACUGUACUAAUAACAUUUAACUUAGACAGUACAUACAACACAACCAAUACACACUACACAAAUUACAACAUAAACACACCAAACACACCCUUGACACUAACUUCCGCUUCUUUUCAUUGUGCUAUAUUACAUUUUGUUAAACUAUACGCAUUUCAUUGUCAUUAUUUUAGUUUCCAUUUCUUCCAACUGAUCUUAUUAUAUACUUCCUUUUUUUUUCAUGAUUCAUUCUGCGUCUGCCAGGAGGUUAGCAUUAUCACAGCAAUUUCUAAUGUAUUCUUUAAAAAUUAUCCAAUCUUUAUUAACUUUUUGUAUUGAGUUUCUUCUUAAUAAGAAUAAUAAUAAUAAGGCCCACCUAUUCCAGCGUUCAUCUUUACAGAGGAGCCAGCCUGAUGCCUCGGGGAGACAGACCCACAGGAAGGGCGUGAGGGCAGCCACUCUCUCUCUCUCUGCUUGUUUGGUUGAUUUUUUAAUAUGGAGAGAGAGAGAGAGAGAUAUCACACUCUCCUUUAUAAAAUAAACAGCAGCUUACAGAAAUUCAUAUCCAAAACAGUAAAAGCAGUGCUCCCAAUGGCUAAAGUGGAUUUCUUACAAAACAACCUUGCAGCUCCCUGUUGGCUAGUGUUUAAAGGUAAAGGGACCCCUGACCGUUAGGUUCAGUCGUGGCCGACUCUGGGGUGGCAGCACUCAUCUCGCUUUACUGACUGAGGGAGCCGGCGUACAGCUUCCGGGUCCUGUGGCCAGCAUGACUAAGCUGCUUCUGGCGAACCAGAGCAGCACACAGAAACACCGUUUACCUUCCCGCCGGAGCGGUACCUAUUUAUCUAUUUACCUAUUUAUCUGAUGUGCUUUCGAACUGCUAGGUUGGCAGGAGCAGGGACUGAGCAACGGGAGCUCACCCCGUCAUUGCGGGGAUUCGAACCGCCGACCUUCCGAUCGGCAAGUCCUAGGCUCAGUGGUUUAGCCCACAGCGCCACCCGCGUCCCUAGUGUUUAAGCUGUGAGUAAUAGCUGUUCACAGACAUCGCCUCCCUCCGUGAGUGUGGCUUAAUCAUCUUUAGAAGCCACAUCCUGUGGCUGUAAGUUCCGCGGGUUAAUUUUGCCUUUCAAAUUCAAAACGGAUCUUUUUUUGCUUGUUUUUAUAUCUGCUUUUUGCAACCACGUGUUCAAAUGCUGCCACAGUUCCUGGAACCAGAACCGCUUCCUGGAAAUGAACACGGGCACACGAAAACCCCCACUGUCACUGCCUGUCAACUGUGCCUACCACACAGGGUUGUUGUGGGCAUCCGGUGAGGGUGGGGGAAAGCAUGUCAGUCCGCCUUGAGUUCCUUGGAGAGAAGGUGGCAUGUUGUUGUUGUUGAGUCGUUUAGUCAUGUCCGACUCUUCAUGGCCCCCUGGACCAGAGCACGCCAGGCACUCCUGUCUUCCACUGCCUCCUGCAGUUUGGUCAAACUCAUGCUGGUCCCUUCAAGGACACUGUCCCACCAUCUCGUCCUCCGUCGUCCCCUUCUCCUUCUGCCCUCCAUCUUUCCCAACAUCAGCGUCUUUUCCAGGGAGUCUUCUCUUCUCAUGAGGUGGCCAAAGUCUUGGAGCCUCAGCUUCAGGAUCUGUCCUUCCAGUGAGCACUCAGGGCUGAUUUCCUUCCGAAUGGAGAGGUUUGAUCUUCUUGCAGUCCAUGGGACUCUCAAGAGUCUCCUCCAAGGUGGCAUAUCAGUGCAAUAAAUAUUAAAGAGUGUCCCCAUCCGCAUUAGCAUCUUAAUUUGGGCCUGGUAACGUAAAGGCAGCCAGAUCCUGCAGAAUAAGCUUUGUUACGAUCUCACACACGUAUUCUGGGGGGCUUCGCUGUUUCUGAGCCAUCACCAAGGGAUGCCCUAUCUAGAGCGUGUCACAGUAGUCUAGACACAUUUUUGCUACCUUUUUACGAGCCCUCAAAGCCUGAAAUCCACCUGACUUUUUUUAAAAAUAGUUUUUAUUCAAAAUCUCAGCAUAACACUUUAUCGAAAACAUAUCCUGAUUUCCUGCCACCAAUUUUUCCCUUCCCCCUCACGAGAAAAAAGGAAAAAAGGAAAGAAAAACCACCCUCCCUCCCCCCACUCAGACUUCCCUCAGCUCCUCUCUCUGGUUUUUCAGCACAUGUUAUUCUCUGCAUAUUAUAAAAUUGUAAAGAUCCUUAAAUUAUCUGUCUUUAUAUAAUCCAUAAUAAAUUUGUGUAUGCUUAUUCAAAACCUGCAAAGGAGUCUAAUUCAGUUUGUUGUUUCUUUAAGUACUUUGCUAAAGGUUCCCAUUCUUUGAAAUCACAGUUGUCCUUAUCACGCAGUUUGUAUGUCAAUUUUGCCAAUUCCGCAUAGUCCAUCAGUUUCUCUUGCCACUGUUCUUUUGUCGGGAUUUCUUCCUUCUCCCAUCCUUGUGCUAUUAAGACUCUGGCCGCCGUUGUCACAUACAUAAAUACUGUAUUUUUUGCUCUGUAUGACUCACUUUUUCCCUCCUAAAAAGUAAGGGGAAAUGUGUGUGCGUCUUAUGGAGCGAAUGCAGGCUGCGCAGCUACCCCAGACGCCAGAAGAGCAAGAGGGAUUGCUGCUUUCACUGCGCAGCGAUCCCUCUUGCUGUUCUGGCUUCUGAGAGUCAGAAUAUUUUUUUCCUUGUUUUCCUCCUCCAAAAACUAGGUGCAUCUUGUGGUCUGGUGCGUCUUAUAGAGCGAAAAAUACGGCAUGUUCUUCAAUUUCCUUGGCAGGUCUUUUCCUACAAUCCCUAACAGAAAUGCUUCAGGCUUUUUUUACAAAUGUUAGUUGGAACAUUUUCUUCAAUUCGGAAUCCACCUGACUUUUCAAUAUAACCACUCCCUCGUGCUGACCUCUCCUCUCCUCUUUCUCUACCCCAGAACGCUGGGAACGAGCUCCGCGGGUUGCAGCGUGCCAUCAAGAAUCCUCUUGGAAACGCUGGGCUCAUAGUCAGCGAGGUUGGGAAGCGAGUCCGCAGGUAUGGAUCCCCCAAGGGAUGUGGGGUGCGGGUGGGCAUAUGACAGAAUUAAAGCCAUGCAAUUGUUGUUCAUAUCCCCAUCCCUGAGCGGGAAUACGUUUCGGGGUUCCAGCAGUGCACCCUGGGGUGGUUUCCUUUGAACGAGGCCACUGGAGGCUAGUGAUCUACCAUUUGGUCUACUCCAAUGCACUCUACAUGGGGCUGCCCUUGGAGAUAGCUGCAGCUAGCUCAGAAUGGGGCUGCUAAGGGGCAACAUGAUGGGACCAUGGACCGCCAUUUUUUUAAAAGCACAGGGCUGGGUGCCAGUCAGCUGGCAAGCCCAGUUCAAGGUGGAAAUGCUAGCUUCUAAAGCCGUAAAUGGCUUGGGACCCAAGUACUUAAGUGAGUGCCUUUCCCCCAAUAUCGACCCCUUCUUGUUAAUUUUUCUCACUUGAUUUUUAAAAUUCCUUUUUCGUAAGAGCUUUUUGAGGGCUUUUUCCUGUCAGGCGGUGUAUACAGCGGUACCUCGGGUUACAUACGCUUCAGGUUACAGACUCCACUAACCCAGAAAUAGUGCUUCAGGUUAAGAACAGAAAUCGUGCUCUGGCGGCGCGGCAGCAGCAGGAAGCCUCAUUAGCUAAAGUGGUGCUUCAGGUUAAGAACAGUUUCAGGUUAAGUACGGACCUCCGGAACGAAUUAAGUACUUAACCCGAGGUACCACUGUAAAUUUUAUUAUAUAAGCGACAACAAUAGCUGCAGAUUGUUUGUGGCAUACAGUUUUAAUUACAACUGUAUCCAGGGGAGAAUAGGCAGAGUAGCUGCAACUCUUAACUAAGGUGUCCAAGUUUGCUGCCUUCCCACCAGAUUCUGGGGGACGUGACCAGCCCCCCCCCCAAUGCUGUUAGCUCCCCCCCCCUCUCUGUGACUGCAAAAGCUGUCAAGUCAGUUGUUCUCUUUCACACAUGCAGACACCUCGAGUGACAUCCCCUCCAGCCAGGGGACAGUGGGGAAGAAAGGCCUGCCCGCCCCCUUUUGUCAGACUGGCUCUCACCUUUCUCCUGCUAUCCAGUUUCCAUGGCAAUGCCUUGCCCCCAAUUUAUAUAACAAAUGGGAUUUUUAGCAGACCUGACCAGGGCUGUUUAAGUAAAUGAAACGAAGUAAUGUGACCUAAUUUGACCAUUUAUCUCUCUCCCCUGCCACCCUGGAGGAUGCGUAUGAGGAGAUGUGGCCAUAAAAUGGUUCCUCCCCCCCCCCCAUUUAGCUGUGAUUCCUGCUUUUCAGGGGGUUAAACUAGAUGACUCCAUGAUUCUUCAGGCCCUGGCUAUCUGGACACUGAAAGUUACGUUGCCUCUGAAUACGGACGCCCCACAUUCAGCUUUCAUCACCUUCUCCUCCUCUUCCUUGUCCAGUGAAUCUGUUUUAAUCCUUGCCUCUCUUUUUUCUUCAUUUUCUCUCAAAGCAAUCUGGACAGGUGGCAGCUGCCCCUUCCGCCUUGUGGCAGUGAGUUCCAUAAGUUAGUCACGUGUUGCAUGACCAAAACAAAUAAACUCCAACCGCCCUUUUGUCGUCCUUAUAAACGCCGGCUACCUUCUGCCGAACCAACCUUGAGUUUUCAGUAGAUGGAGGAAAGAGAACCAUUUCUCUCUCUCUGUCCGUCUUUCCACAUCAUUCAUGAUUUUUGUAAGCCUGUCUGGAGUCCUGGUUUGAGUCAUUCUCUCAUUGUGUGUCUCUGUUCCCCCUUCCUGAUAGACACUGUUCUGAAAGCAUUUUAUUUUAAGGGCUCUCCUUUUUUCUAUACCUUCUCUUGCCCUAAGAAUCAUGCCCUCUUUGUCUUCCUCCUGCCCCUUCCAGGAAAGCCGGUUUAGGAACGGGGAUAACCUUGAAGUCCGUAGUGCACCCAAGUCUGGACUCGAGCGGUGAGCGGGUAAGUGGUGGCGUUUCAAACCCAGCUGAUCUUUUUGGAUCCUCUGCACUUUGAUCGAUUGCAUCGUUAUCCCAACUUUUCCUCCUCCAGUUUGCUCAGGGUAGUUCUCCUCCUCCUCACUUUGAACCCCACAGCAACCCUGUGAUGUAGGUUAGGCUGAGAGAGGCAGUGACUUGGGCCCCUAAGGUUAGCCUGUGAGGUUCGCGGCUGAGCAGGGAUUCGAACCCUGAUCUUACCCAGGUCCUAGCCCGGCACCCUACACCACACUAGCUCUCCACUUGCCUUUUGAAGAGCCAAGCAGGAUUUAUUUUGUAUUUUUUUUAUUGCACAGAUUUACAUUCCACUUUCCAAAUGACAUGGGUUUUUUUGGGUGGGGCGAGGGUUUACGUUGAUUUUUGAGGAUGAAUACUAGAGAGCAAGUUGCAAGCAUGUUGAAACAGGUUCUGAAGCAACAUUGGCAAAACCAGUGUAACAAAAUGCAAAUUUACCCCUCUCUCUCUUUUUGCCUUGCUUACGCAGCUAAUUUUGAUGAAUACUGUACUUUAUAAACUGCAUAGAGAUUCCCCCCCCAGCAGUAUACACUAGGAGCCAGAAUUGUGGAAGCCUUCUGGAAAAAGUUUGUUUCCAAGGUUUGAACCUGAUUGGCUCUCUAAACACUCAUGUUCAUUGGCUACUUUCAAAUGAAGAUAAUUUUAUGGUAUUAUUAAAAAAAAAAAGUGGUGUUAUGAGCCAUCAAGCCUCAGAAAUACACUUUUUCCAAAAGGUUCCCGCAAUUUUAUCUUGCUAAAUAAGCAAAGCACUAAACUGGAGAGAGUUAGUCAUAUUCAGACAUGUAUUCUUAUUUAAAAAACAAAACAAAACCUGUGGAUUUUAUCUAUAUUUUGACAAAUGUGUUUGGAAUUGUGAGGGGGGGCGUGUCUGAUAGAGAGAGGGAAACUUUUAGUUGCCUCCUCUGCAUGGCUUUUGGCUACCAUAUUCUCAACCUCUUCCUUCUUUUUAGGCAGUACGGGCGAUCGAUCUUUUUGGUGCUGUUGUAGAAGAGAAGAUUCUGAAACACGGCAAAAAGAUUAUUGGUGAGUGUGUGUUUUUUAAUAGCCAAAAUGGCACCACCCGUGCUCUUUCGGUUAGUUUUUUCAAAUUAUUACUUCAUUUGAUAAUGUAUGUGAACCAGAGAGAACAAUGAUGACAACAGGGCAAAGAUGAAAAGGUGGAAAAGCAAAACUGUAAAAUAGGCACGUACAAUGAAUGCAGUUGCACAUGAGUUAAGAUAACAAAGUCCAAGUGAAGACUAUCAACAUUUACCAGUUCAUCAAACAAGAGUUCCAGAUGCCUUGGAAAUGGUGGUUCUGCUGUAUAUGUCAUAAAGGGAUGGCAAACCAUAUAAAAGGGGUCUGUAGGUUCUAGUCCUUGUCAGAAUCUCAAAAUUACGCAUAAUUUUCUUUAUGAUAGCUGUGAAUGAGUAGCGCCAAGUUUCCAGUGUAAGAUUUGGGGCAGUUUCCCAUUGAGUUGCAAUUACUAUUCAUGCUGCCAGGAUCAUAUAUAAGAUCAGUUCUUUUUACAGUAUAUUUGCAUUGGUCUCUUCAAAAAUAUUCAGUAAUGUUAAUUUUGGACAACAUGCAGUAUUGUUUCUUUAGUGAUAUUUAUCAUUUCGGUCAAAAUUAUAUUCCAAAAAUCUUGCACCAACUGAAGUUUCCACCACAAAUGAAAAGUUUGCCAAGUCUAUUGCAACCCCUCCAACAAUUAGAUGAUACAGAAGAAAACAUUUUUGACAUUUACAGAGGAGUGCAAUACCACCUGUGUAGUAAUUUUACGGAGUUUCCCCUAAGAAUACUGGAAACAUUUCCCCCCCAAUCCCUGCAAAGAAUUUGUGUUCCAAUAUCCAGUUCCCAUACCUUUUUAAGGGGUUCUAUAAAUCUGUCAUCAAAGCUAGUUUUAAUCCCAUUAAAUUAAAGCGCAAAAGAGAUGAACAACCCCAGAUUCUUUAGCUACACUUGCAGGGGUGCAGUGGGGGCUAGAGCAUAAUGACAGCCCAUCGGCUGGAUCAGAGCACAAAGCCCACUGCACUGGUAUUCAGUCGCAUUUUUAUCAAAUAUUGAGGGUAAGCAACUGGAGAGGAGCUGUUAGUUUCAUGGACUCCUUGCAGGAGCAGCAGGAAUGAGGUGGCUUCUUAAGAGAACCCAGCUGCCCACUAUUGGGAACAGGAUCCUGGGAACUUGGAUCUCUUGGGGUUUUUUUUGCUGUGCUUAUCUCCAUUCAUCCCUCUCUGGCUUCCUGGUAUAACUGCUGGUAUCUGUUUUCUCUCUCUCUGCUCUUCUCCCCCCUUCCCACAAAUCCCAGAUGAACAAUUCGUGUUGAAACGCAUCGCUGACAGUGCAAUUGAUUUGUAUGGCAUGGUCGUGGUGCUCUCCAGGUAAGGCCUAUUUUCCAGGAACAUAGCAAGUUGCCUUGUAUACUGAGUCACACCCACUGAUUCAUUUCUAUUGUCCACCUUGACUUGGAAACGGCAGCUUUCCCCAGUUUCUGGUGGGAAGUCUCUACCAGCCCUCACUGGCAAUGCCAUGAAGGAUUGAACCUGGAAUCUUUUGCAUGCAGUCAGAUAUGCUCCCCCACUGAGCUAUGACCCUUCCCCUCUUCUGGUUGCCCCGAGGAUAAGCCCCCCACCUCAAAUCCCAUUGGCAGGCCAUGUCCUAGAAUCUUAGGAUUGUAGAGUUGGAAGGAACCCAAGGGUCAUCUAGUCCAACCCCCUGCAAUGCAGGAAUCUCAGCCUUCAAGAAAGCUUCUUUCUGCAGAACUCUGGGGUCAGUUUUCUCCCCACCCCAAAACAAAUUCUCAUGCCUUUUCUGUCUUUCCCUGGUAGGGCAUCCCGGUCCCUGGAGCGUGGAGAACCCACAGCCCAGCAUGAGAAGAUGCUUUGCGACACCUGGUGCAUUGAGGUAAGGAGCGCCCCUGUUUUUGCUUUGCAUGAGAACAGCCGUUGUGUUUUUUAGACCCAGAAAUCAGUGGUAAAAUCCCUGUUUUAUGUGAUCUCUGCCCAGAAAUCAGUGGUGCAUGCUUCACUCUUGGGGCUGUGAUUGUAUUACUCAUUUAUUUAAAGCAUUUUUAAAAAAUCCCACUCUUAGACAACCCUUUGAGUGGCUUAUGAAUGUAAACUAUAAGGCAGUGCCUGUCUCGCUCCCUCCCUGUGAGAAGUGAGGUUACAGGGAACCAGGCAGAGGGCCUUCUCAGUAGUGGCACCUGCCCUGUGGAGCGCCCUCCCACCAGAUGUCAAGGAAAUAAACAACUAUCUGACUUUUAGAAGACAUCUGAAGGCAGCCCUGUUUAGGGAAGUAUUUAAUGUUUGAUGUUUUAUUGUGCUUUUAAUUCUGUUGGGAGCCGCCCAGAGUGGCUGGGGAAACCCAGUCAGAUGGGUGGGGUAUAAAUAAUAAAUUAUUAUUAUUAUUAUUAUUAUUAUUAUUAUUAUUAUUACAAUUUAAAAGUCAUAACACAAAAGGAAAAUGGGUCCGGAGGGAGGAAGAAAAAAACAAACCCUGAGGCACAAUAAUUACUUUAAGCAAAGGUGUGUGUGGCGCAUCAAAGAGAGUGGAGACUUGGUACUAUGUGCUGAGACCUCCACCAUUUUUAUGCUCCAUCUCUCUCUCUUCCCCCACUCAGGCCUACGACCGCAUCACUCAGAACCUGACCUCCCUGCGCUCCGACAACACGCGCCACUUCUUCAGGAACCUCCGGGGCAUCUCCAAGGCGUUGGUGGAAAACGAAGGGGUGGUUUCUCACAACCCUCUGGGCAUCUGA